AUGGGACGCAAGUCCGUUCCUACUGAUAAGAAGAAUCAAAUAAUCCUUCUACGUGAUAUGGGAAUUUCUCAACACGGUAUAUCUCGUCAAUUACAUAUUUCUCGGUGUUGUGUUCGUCAAACGAUUCAUAAAUAUGAAGAAUUUCACACAGUUGCUACAAAACCUGGUGCUGGUCGUCCAGUAAAAACAACAGAACGUGAACGACGUCUAAUGAAAUUCGAACAAUUACGAGAUGAUACAUAUUCAUUAAAUGAUCUUGUCCGAUAUUCUCAUACGAAUUUAAAUUUAUCUGUUAGUCGGUCAACAAUUAGUCGUAUUCUUCGAGGUUUUAAUAUGAUAUCAUACAUUGCUCCAAGAAAACCUCGCGUGACUUCAGUACAACGACGUAAUCGAAUUACAUGGUGUUAUGAACAUUUGAAUUGGUCAGUGCGAGAUUGGUCAAAUGUUGUUUUUUCCGAUGAAAUCUCUACGGUACCGUCUGCUGCACGAUUGAAAUACAACAUGCACACAUUUUCCACAUUACCUGUCGAAGUAGUUUAUCGAAUUAUGGAUCAUCAAAAUGACCGGACGCUAUUUUGUUCAAUGAAAAAUAUCUGUCGACGGCUCAAUCAGAUCCUAAGUACUUACCAGCGAUAUCAAGUAAGUUUACAUGGUAUUUUAACAUUCUCGUCGACUGUGCUAUACAUAAGCUUAAUGGUAUUUGAUGUCGUAGAUUCCCUCAUAGGACAACCCAAACUAAUUUCAUAA